AUGCCUCGAGAAGGAACCCAAAGAGUAAAGACGGGUUGUAGAACAUGCAAAACGCGAAAGAUCAAAUGUGACGAAACUUGGCCCAAAUGCAAACGGUGCACAACGGCGAGACGUGUCUGCGAUGGUUAUGAUGCUCCUCCUGUUGGUUCUUUAUCGUGGGAUCUUCUUCUUCGGGCGCCGCAGCCUCGUUUGAUCCCCGUGACGAACGCACGCGAAGUACGCUGCCUAUCUUUCUUCCAUCAUGUCGUGGCACCAGCUCUUUCGGGGCCCUUUGAUGGAUCCUUCUGGACUUAUUUUGUCGCCAGGAUGACACAUGCUGAGCCUGCGGCGCGACAUAGCGUGCUUGCCAUCAGCCAGCUCUUUGAAGACUACGAGUAUUCGAAACCGUCUGUUGAUAGAUUCGCCAUCGUGCACUACAACACGGCUAUUAAUUUGCUUGUCCAUGGACCUCCGCCAUCGGUAGACACUGUUUUGCUGGUGUGUGUGUUGUUUAUAUGCGUCGAGUUCCUGCGAGGGAAUCGUGCAGCAGCCAUCACCCAUGCAGCACAUGGCUUGCAGCUUCUUAAUGCGGCUGGUCAGAACUCUCGACUUGUUGGCACAUAUAACCAAAUAAGCGUGUUUCCAACGUUUUUUGUUGAAGAUGAUAUUGGGAGCCCUACAAAUAAAUCCGGCGAAUGCCCUAUAUAUUCCAGCACGAGCGAGGCUCAGUACGCGUUGGACAACCUGAUUCUAAGAUCAUUGGAGGUUAUUCGAUCCGCAAAUCCGUAUCGUCUGGAAAAGAUGCCUCAGAGACCACCACAGAAACUCUUUGAUGCACAGAGCGAAAUACAAAAGGACGUGGAUGCGUGGGGGAAAGCAUUCAACAGGUUCCAAUGCACAAGACCUACAGCUGACCACGAAGAUAGCGCGUCUUUGGCACUUAUGACGCGAAACGGACUCAGCAAUUUAUGGCUCAGAGAAUGUCUGAAGCAAGAUGAGAUGUGUUUCGACGACUAUAAAGAUGAAUUUAUUCAGAUACUGGCAUGGGUACGCAAAGCAGCAGACAUACUUGAAGCCCGACACAAAAAGCCAGCAAGGUUUACCUUUGAAACGGGGUUCAGUCCGAUGCUCCAUUUCCUGAUAUACAAAUGUCGCUAUUUAUCGCUGCGAUUGGAAGCGCUGUCCCUGAUGGAGAGGCUCUGUAGUGAAAGGGAAUCUUUAUGGGAUGGAUCGCUGGUACACGCCUUGUCACGACUCAUUAUCGAGGCUGAGCACGACAUUGACCUUUCGGGAGAGUUUGAUGUCAACGACGACGUAUUGCCACCUGACUCAAAGAGAAUAAGAGGGUUUAUGUUUGCAGGACGCCAAGAUGCGUUGAUAUGGGAUACAUCACCAGCGGAUGUGGUUUAUUUCCGAAUGUGGAUCACUGCAUCUCCAGCACCCACCCAAACUAAACCCCACCAAAUUACCAUUGCACCCCGUCAGCCCAGCACAACAGAAGCACCACAAGGCUGGUUCACCACCACCAAAAACAUUGCUACUAUCGGCGGUACAACAGAUCGAUACUAUACAAUCCCGGCCCAGACCAUUCAAAUCGUCAUUCCAACAUGCGUCCAAACACACGAACCUGACGAGAAUGGCUACCUUCCUCCAGGAACAUGUAAUGCCCACUGGAACUACUACCCCAGCUUCUCUGCAGCUGCAGUCUUUGCGGUGCUGUUUGCUAUCCUCACAGGUGCCCAUAUUUGGCAGGCUGCCAGAUACAAAAAGAUAUUUAUUCUCCUUUCUCCAGUUUGGGUUAACGCAUAUGCUUACAUGACACUCGGCCGAAUGGUUUACUACUUUAUCCCCGACCAUUCCCUCCUCGGCAUGCCAGCUGUUACUUUAGCCGCCAUCUUUGUCGGUCUCGAUAUUGUAUCGUUCAUCAUUCAGCUCAUUGGCGGCAGCUUGGCCGGUCCUGGUUCACCUCCAGAUGAACAAUUGAAGGCUAUACACAUUUACAUGGGCGGCAUUGGUUUUCAAGAGUUCUUUAUCGUCAUUUUCAUCAUCCUCUGCAUUGUCUUUCAGAGAAAGAUGCAUGAGAUUCAACUUGAGAAGGGUAUCAAGGCCUUUAUCGCGUCAGAUUGGGGCAAACUUAUUUGCGCGCUUUACUUUUCUCUCGCCAUGAUCUCUGUGCGCAUCAUUUAUCGUCUCAUUGAGUUCUCUGGUGGUGAGGGUCAGGGUAAUCCCCUUGUGACACACGAGAUUUACUUCUAUAUCCUUGAAGCGGCUCCCAUGCUUUUGGCUUUAUUGGCAUUCAACAUUGUUCAUCCUGGGAGAGUUAUGCAGGGUCCUCUUUCUGACAUGCCCGGGCUGUUCUCAUUUAUCAAGGAUAAAAUGCGAGGCGGAAAGGGGAAGCAGUUGCUGGAUGACCAGAGUGACAGCAAUGUCGAGAUGGGGCAGCGCUACGAGCCGACAAGGACGGCCAACACUUGUAUCACGGAGCCGUCGCGGUAUGGAUGA